GUGAAAAAAUAUGUAUGUAUAAAUAAAAAAUAAAAAUAAAUAACUAAACGAAUAAAUGAAUGGAUGGCAUACAUAAUUAUCUAUUGAACUAAGUGAAAGUAAUUGACACUCUCUUACAAUUUCAAGUGAUACAGAAUUUUCUCAAAUUUCACAGUUAUAUGUUCCUUUACAUGCAGUGCAGUACUACUUACUUCAUCUCCUAAUUACUUUUGCUUCAAAUAUAAAAUCCUUCAUUUAUUAAAAUCAAAAAUCCAUACGGAGUCAAAAAUGAUUGCUAGCUGCGUUGGCAAUUGCAACUAUGCAGGCCCACCACCCGACUCCAUACUAUCAAUGCCACCACCCCCUUUACCGUCCUUUCUGCUACCUAGGACUGCCGUUAUAGCGGCCGCUGUACCAAUAAACGAUACCCAUCCAUGCUUUGCGCCCUUCUUGUGCGACCCCAGCCCAUAUCCUCACGAAAGUGGGGCCAUCGAAUUCGUCGAACUAACUGGCGUCGAUUCGAAAGGAUUGGAGAACACUUGGCUCUUCGUCUUGAUAUCUUGCUGCGUUGGUGUAAUAAUUUUAGGUGGCCUCUUGGCGGUCAUUUUACUAAAGUGUAGAGACACGCUAUUUUCCAGCUGCAAUCUAUCCUAUCAUGACUCGAAUAUCAAGCAGAAUGGAAUGACGGGUCUGGGCGAUUCUGCAACAAAAGCUAACCCAUUUAUGGCUGGUGGCAUUUUAUAUCCAUGCACCUCAACCAACAAUCGCGACACUUUGCAAUCCCAAUUGGCAAAUGAUAGUCGCUUACUUUGGGCUACCCUAACUCCGCACGGCACACGACACUUCAUAUCGGACUAUCCAGUGGGCAAUGGGAAUGUUGUACAAGAUGCUCACUAUGAGGUGGUGGAUUACCGCACUAAGGUGCAAAAUUCAACGUACCGUGAAUAUGUCAAGCGUGUACCGGUGAAGUCUUUCGACAACAAUGGCUUCGUUGAUUAUGACUACGAAGACCCAACGCCACUCAUGGAUUCUUAUCAUGACGAUUUGGACUCUGGCUAUCAGGAGCCACAGGAAGUGCUCAACACCCUUCAACGUGUCUGCCCACGCCCCGUAGUCUCGUCCCCAACACGUAUCGAUAACCCAAAUAUGGCACCACUCAACUACUAUCCUUCAAAUCGUUCCACUCACCACUUAAGCACUAAUACCUUGCAAUCCAAUCACUCGUCCGCCACUCUAAAUCGCAAAGCCACUCUAACACGUCGCAUAAGUGAUGCCUCAUCCUGUGGACCAAAUGCUGUAGCUAAACAGUGAAGCGUAAAAAAUGGAGAUAUACCUAUAGUAGAUUGAAAGCAGUCUCGUUGAGAAGAUAAUGAAAGAAAAGCGGUUCAAUGUAAUAAGAAAAUGUCAAGAAUCGUAGUAUACUUAUACAACGAAACGUUAGUUUUGCUAUUGCUAAGAAACGGCCCUCAUGAUGAAUGCGUGGAAACAAAUUACUAACACUGGGAUGGUAAGAGUGGCAGUUGGGGCAACCGUUCAGUUAUGUUCUGAAAAGUUUUUUUUCUGUGAAAACUGUUUUGAUGGCGUUUUGAUUACUUGAGAAAAUUUUAUGAUAGGCAAGUGUGUCAGACUACGCGAAGAAAUAUAAUAAAUACCCAAAGAAAUCAAAAUCUCAAAGCAUUUAUAUACUCGUACAUACAAAUUUUAUUUAUUAUUAUGCAAGUAUGUGUGUGUGUACAUACAUAUAUCAUACGAAAGCAAUAAGAUGUUGAAAACCUACGAAAAUCGUAAUAAAAUGCAGCAACACACUAGUUACUUGUACUGAGGUAAUGGUAGAUAUAGAAAUGAAUUUAAAACUUCAUAAAAGGAAAUCUUUAAAUAACAUCAAACUACUUGUGUUCGCUACAGAAUCUUUACCCAAAUGUAUGCUAUAGUUAUAUGUAUAUUGUGUACAAGAAACUGAACAUUUUUUUUUUUUGACAGACAGAAAACGUUUGAAAGAGAGAGGAUGAAAGUCACGUACUAUAAAUCGCGAAAGACUUUCACCAUGCUGAAAACCGAUGCUUUGAAAUAAAGAUCAAAUUGGAUUUUUGGAUUUAAGCUCUCCUAA